GGCUCUAGACUUUGGAUGAGAGCGAAAUCUCGUAAAGAACAUUUGGGCCGACCGGGGAAGGGACGGGAAGCCUGCUAGACAGAGUGGACUCAAUCACCCUCAUCGAAGCUUUUCAGAUGGUCGUAAACAUCGAAAGGUAUUCGACAGGUAACUGCAAGUCUCCUCGGUGGCUCAUCCCGGCCCAAAUUGACCUUGCCGUCAUGCUGCUCUGCAAAUCCAACUUAUUCUGACCAGCUCCCCCCGACUUUCCCUCACACCGCCCUGAGUCGACUGAUCGCGUCAACAACGGUGCCAGAGGUUCUCGAGCAGUUCGGAUUUAUCUCAGUCUUGAAUAUUCCAACCAGUCGGUCUUUGGAGUGAGUCUUGGAUAAACACAUUCGCGAUUAUCCAGCAACGCGACGGGACUCAUUACCUGGAUACUUCAUCGCGAUCAUCCAGUACCCUGCAGUAAAACGCCAAUACAGAGAGUCCAUCGUUGCCCGUAAUGGCCCUGCGGCUUGGAGGGCUUCUCCUUGUCGCUUCGACGGUUUUUGGUCAAACAGAUGUCACCGAUUCGAGGACAACUUUGACGGGGGAUUCAACAAUUGCGUCGUUGAGCGAGGUCGCCACGCCUACUGGACCGUAUCAGACCUUCACCUCACAAAUAACCCUGUCCGACCAGUCAUCUUCCCUCAACUCCGCGAAUGUAACCCAGAUAAAGGUCUCGAAAACUUCGGAUACCGUCACAUAUCUCACAGGAUCCGCCACAACAACAUUUGCCGGGAACUUCUCAGCGACUUCAUCCAUCGCCACGCCAACCGUCACUAACACACGGCCUUGCAACAACUACCCGGAGUUUUGCUUCCGAAAAUACAGCAACAUUACCGAAAUUGCAUGUCAUAACUCGCCCUUUAUUACAAAGAACAACCUCGCCGCUAAUCAGCUGUAUGACGUGACGGCGCAACUGAAUGAUGGUGUAAGGUUUCUACAAGCUCAAAUCCAGUGGCCAGCCAAUGGUACGGAACCGCAUUUCUGUCACACCAGCUGUGACAUUCUCGACGCGGGCCCUAUCACAGACUGGUUGACCGAAAUCAAAACUUGGGUCGCAGCGCAUCCUUACGAUGUCGUGACAAUUCUCUUGGGUAACGGCAACUACUCAGUUCCGUCAAUGUAUGUGCCAUACAUUGAGUCCACGGGCAUUCUCAACUAUAUAUAUACGCCACCCUUAGUGCCAAUGACGUUGAACGACUGGCCUACCCUGAGCGAAAUGAUUCUCGGCGGUGAAAGGGUCGUCAUGUUCUUGGACUACAUGGCGGAUCAGAUCGAGUACCCUUGGCUCAUGGAUGAAUUCUCCCAGAUGUGGGAGACGGCCUUCGACCCUGUGAACCAAAGUUUUCCUUGUGAUGUUCAGCGCCCGCCAGACUUGUCUGAAGUUGAUGCUAAGAACCGUCUCUAUCUUCACAACCAUAAUCUGAACCUGGAGCUCUCUAUUCUAGGUGCCGCUAUGCUGGUGCCUGCCCGAACCGAGCUCAACGUAACUAACAAUGCAACGGGCUUCGGCAGUCUGGGAUCGGGUGCGGAAAAUUGCGAGAACCAAUGGGGCAGAGCGCCAAACUUCUUGAACGUGGACUACUACAACUAUGGUGGCUACCCAGGAUCUGUUUUUGAGGUGGCUGCGAAGUAUAAUAAUGUAACCUACUCGCGCAGCUGCUGUGGCAAGGCGACCAGCGGGGCAUUUGGUCUGGUGAUUUUGGAUACUUCCUUGGUCUUCGGCAUAGCAAUCGGUUUGCCUAUUUUGCAAUUGCUAUGGAACUGAGUAUGCAAGGAUUGGUGAACAGCAGUUUUCUCGUGCGGUGAUGACUAAUGCACCCGCAAUGAGAUGAUUGUUAAUAUUCCGUUGUCGAUGCUGUAGGUUGAGGAUUCUAGGAUUAUGAUCGGGAGAAUGAGUGCUGGACCCAAUUCGUGUACGCGAAUACAAUGGCAUUAGAUACAGAUACACCGGCAAAGAUAUUUGGGAUAGAUGUGAAUAUACUUUAUAAUUACAG